AUGGCGUUUCUCAAUGAACUUGCUCAAUUGGUGCCUCAGCAAACGCCCGUAGCGAACUUCGUAUUGGGGUUCAUUGGGCUCCUCGUGUUAAGAUUCGUAUACACCGCUAUUAGAAGCCCCUUAGCGUCCAUUCCAGGGCCGCUACUCUCUAGGUGGACCGACAUACACGUGAGAAUCAAGCUACUUUCUGGGUCGAAAGCACGUUAUGUUCAUUCACUUCAUGAGAAAUAUGGUCCGGUAGUCCGGCUUGGCCCUCAUGAAGUAGACGUCGCUGAUGUCUCGGGCGCCCGUGAGAUACACAAAGUAAGGUCCAAGUAUCUCAAGGACCCUGGGUUCUAUGUCGGGGGUAAAGUCCGAAGUCUCUUCUCGACGCUUGAUCCAGCCUUUCAUGCUCAGCGUAAGCGUACUUUGGAUAAGUGCUUCGCAGAAACUUCGAUGGUUGAACUCGAGCCAGCGGUCAUUCGGAAGGCUCACUUCACUAUUUCGAAGAUAGAAAAUGAGAUGAAAACGAAAGGCUGCGCCGAUAUCCUUCAUUGGUGGACUCUGUUUGCCAUGGACAUCAUCAGUGAGCUGUGCUUUGGCGAGUCAUUUCAAAUGCUCGAGAUUGGAAAGAAAAAUCAAUAUGCUAAGGAUAUCGCUGUUAUGGGAUCUCUAUUGCCCCUCCGUGGCGCAUUCCCAACACUCAUCUGGCUAGCAGCAUACCUUCCUCUCUUUCCCGAGCUCAGAGAUGUAGGCAUCAUGAGACAGCGCAUAGUUGAGUAUGGUAUCAAACGUACCGAUAAAUACCUACAACUCGUGGAAGACGGCGGCGCCAAGAGAACACUAUUUUCAAGCCUAGUUCACAAAGUUGGUUCACAAAAUGAGGAGCUCUCUCGAGAAGACAUUACAACCGAAGCCCAGUCUUACAUUACAGCCGGUACCGACACGACCGCGGUUACCUUGACAUAUCUCAUCUACGCCGUCUCUAGGCAGAAGGAUGUCCAUGAUAGACUUCUCCGGGAAAUUCAGGCACUCCCUGCAGAAUUCAACCAUCGCGACCUUAGGAACCUCCCUUAUCUGAACUGCGUUAUCGAUGAGACGUUACGAUUGUACGGUGCAGCUUCAGGGGCCCUACCUAGAAUUGUCCCGAAAGAAGGAGGUCAAUUAGGUGGCUAUUACGUUCCGGGAGGGGCAGUUGUGUCAACCCAGAAUUACACGAUACAUCGAGACGAGGAGAUUUUUCCAGACCCUGAGAAAUUCGAUCCGUCACGUUGGGAAACCCCGUCUAGCGAGGCGAGAAAUGCAUUCAUGCCAUUUGGUAUCGGAUCUCGAAGCUGUAUUGGUAUCAACCUUGCCCGCCUAGAGCUACGACUCUGCACAGCUCUGUUCUUUAGGAAAUUCCCGAACGUCAAACUUUCGAACAAGUUUGGCAUGACUGAUGAUGAAAUGGAUCCUCACGUCAACUUUCUAGCGAUGCCUGCGGGGCAUCGAUGCCUGAUCGAAGUAGUGUAAUUCAUUACGAGUACUCAGUUAGCUCGGGGGUUCUCUUUCGGGUCUAUAGGGGCGGGAUAGGGGCAUUAUUAGCAUCAAGGGAUAUUCUUUGGUUAAUGGUAUAAGAGCAAAUUAGAUGGAUCUAGGCAUGGUAAAAUGGUCAUGGUGGAGUAGGUAUGGGUUUGAAGUGUGUUAUUUCAUAGUAAAAAAGAAAAGAUUACAACAUGUUAUUUGAACUUCAACGUACCCGUUAGCAUACUCCCACGCCUGGGGGCGUCGGGACGUACGUUCCAGGUGUAAGGGUGCCG